ACAACAUCCAAAUGCUGCAGCUGUUAGCCUGCCAUCGCUGUUUAUGUUACGAUGCAGUGGUUCCAGCAGGGGAGCGUUUAAAUUUAACGCUGUCUAACCACCUCCUAGAAGGGAGUGCCACAUUUGCAGCCCAGCAUGUGCUCCGUAGUCGGUUGUAAUUCGUGGCGACACAAUGUGCAGCGGUUCAGGUUACCAGAGGACCCAGAGAGGAGACUGGAGUGGGUCCAGUUUCUUUUUGAAGUCAACCGGCAGCGACUUAAAGAAUCGUCCUGGACCGAUAUCACUAUUUGCAGGGAACAUUUCACAGACGACUGCUUUGUAAGCUUGACUCUGACGGACACGGUCCAGCUGAAGCCCGGUGCUGUCCCUUCACUGUGCGUCAACACGGAACCAGAAGAACCUGCGGUGAACCCGCUGAAUGUGGAGCCUGUGGAAAUGACAGAUGCAGUCAGUCAGUGUGAUGGCCUACAGUUAUGUAAUAGCUCAAAUUCCUCCCCAGAAAUAACAGAACAUACCUUGAGAGAUGCGCUCACUCCUGGAUCUUCAAACACAGAUUUAAACCAGGAACUGCCUGCACUUCAGAAAGGCAAAUACAUAGUGAAUGAAAACUGCCUCCUCGAGUUGUUUGGCCACAAGUGUCCAUCGUGUGGAGGCAGACUCCAGAUGGUGAAAGUCACCUAUGGGGAACUUAUUAUCUUGAACCAACGGUGCCUUAAGUGUGACUACAAAAACCAGUGGAAAAGUCAGGCCAGUGCCAGUGUCCCAACAGCUGCAGAUGGGGGCCUGACAGGAGGCACCAAAACUCCAGAGACCCAGCUGGCGGUGCUAACAGACGACAAUGCCAACACUGCAGUUUUGUCUGAGAUUGUUACUUUGAGUGAAGAAAAAAGCGAUCCUUCAGAUGACGAAGAGGAAAGCAAGACAGGCGGGAUGAGUUCAGAUGGGGACUGGAAUCCAACGGAGGAAUUCUUGGUGGCUGACGAGCUCACAAAGGAGUCUGAGGAGGAAACUGAGGAUGAAGGCGCAGAGGAAGAUUUCGAUUCCCCGGGUGGCCUCGAAAUUAAUGAGCUCUGCACCGAGUGUGGACGCUUUUUCCUCAUCUUGAAGCCUCACACGUGCGAGCACAAAAUAAAGCCCUAUUCCUGCAAUAUUUGUGGAAAAAGGUGUGUUUCUGAGAUUUCUUUAAAAAAUCAUAGCAAAGUCCACAAUGAAACCUACGAGCUUCCAUGCAAAUAUUGCUAUAUCACUUUCAAAACCAGGGUGGACAAAUUUAAACACGAGCAGACCCACCAAGAUAAAAAAGAUCCCUUUAAAUGUCCCGACUGUCCAAAAACAUUUGGCACCAGUAAAGAACGCAGGUCCCACCUGGCAAAGCACAGAGUCUCGAGGGAGUUCAAAUGUGGAGUCUGUGGGAUUGAAUUUAAGGACAUACAUCAUCUUAGGAGGCACUCUGUUGUGCACACCGGGCUGAAACCAUACAAGUGUUCGGUGUGCCAGCGUGGCUUCAACCAGACGAGCCACCUGAAAUCCCACAUGCGCCUGCACACCGGGGAGCGGCCUUACAAGUGCCAGCUCUGUGACAAAUGCUUCAACCACAACGUGAGCUUGAAGAGUCACGUCCAGCGUUGCCACAUGUCGAGCUCUGGACCUCGACAGAUAGAUGAAAGGGCAAAUGAUGCUGAGGGCAUGAAGAAUAAGAGAGACGUGGACUCUGAGUUUGACAGCGGAGAAGAAAAACAAGAGGUUCAGAGGGAGAGAUCAGUGAAGCCGAAAAAUAAAAGAAGCACAGGUAGGCCCAGAGGAAGGCCGAGGAGAAAUUCGGCAGGGGAAAUUAAAGGCAAGCGUUCAAACGCAAAAACGCCAGAAUCAAAGGCGCAGAAGUUAAAGAAAACAGGCUCCAGUGAUGAGGAGAGUGAAGACAAGCAGUCAGGCAGUGAUGGAUCCUUUGACUCGGCAGAAGAGGAGGAGGAAGAAGAAGAAGAAGAGGAGGAGGAAGAAGAAGAAGAAGAAGAAGAGGAGGAGGAAGAAGAAGAAGAAGAAGAAGAGGAGGAGGAGGAGGAGGAUGAGACAAUGAGGAGGAGCAUGGAGAGCACAAGAAGGAGACCAAACAAUGACAGUGACUCUGAUUUUGACCCAGAAGUAGAAGCAAAGAAAAAGCGGUACAGCAGCCAGAAGAGUGUUAAGAAACGGAGAGAACGAUCAAAGAAGGGUCUAGUGGUCUGAAGUCUUUUUUUUUUUUUUUUAAAGCUUUAAUAACAGAAGGAUCCCACUACACAGCCACUAUUGUUAUAAUUCAGUAAAUACAUGAAAUCAUUGCUUAAUGUGAGAAACAAAGUAUCCACACAAGACUGUUUGGAGUGUUGUUUGCUUUUCAGAAGCCUUUUUUUUUAUCUUGUUAACAGUUGUCGAGAUGAAUUACAAACAGAUGGAGGCUGAAGCUACAUUGCGGCACUGCUUGCCUGAAGAAGAGCAAGUCAGUAUUUGUUUAGAUUCAAAAUGAAGAUAAUGUAAGAACUGACUUCAUAGCACUUUCUUUUAUUGUUGUCGCUGUAUACAGUCAGUUUAAAGUCUCAGAUUAGCUCUGGCACAACGUGCAAUUUCUAUUUAUUUUUUCUAUUAAGAUGCUUAAUUAUGUGACUUUGUGAAGAGAAAAAACGUCAGUUAAUAUUUCCUGUUUUAUUUCAUCUUUAAAUAUUACAGAAGCUUACACAACAAUGUUCUUUUAUUUAAUUAAAAUUUAUAUAAAUA